GUUUCCUACGUCAUCAUUGUUUCCUUCGGUUGAAAAAUGGCGUCAGGCGAAGAGGAUUGUCAUAAUGACCCGAAUUUUGCUGUCGUAUGUUCAUUCCUAUUAAAUUUCGGCGAUAUAUAUGGACUAGAAUUAACAAUAUCGGACAUUAAAAGAAUGCUAGAAGACACCAAAAAUGUUCAUGAAGAUCUCAAAGAAUUACAUGUCAAAUUACUCAGGAAGGCAAGAAAAUGGUUCAGUAAAGAUAAAUGGGAAAAAGCACUUAUUAAAUUUUGUCAUGAAUAUUCAAGUGUCGAUGCUUGGGAAUUAGAACGAUUUGGUUAUAAAAAAGCAAAGCUUGGUGUCAAAUUAGAAAUCUUAAAGCGUUUACUGGAAACACAAUUUGACUGUAAUGGAAAAUUCAAAUCUGAAGUCAAUAAACAAGAAGCUGUUUCUCUGAGAGUUCUUCCAAUUGGAAGGGAUGUGCAAGGUCAUAUGUAUUGGUAUCAGUUGGACAGGGAAUUAAAUGUUCGAGUAUAUCGUGAAGAUGCAGAUGAUGAACGUUCAUGGAGAUUGGUGUGCCAAACACGGGAUGAAUUGUCCGAGCUUAUUGAAACAUUGGAGAUGAACACACUCUUACCAAAGAAAGAAGAAUCAUCAUCAGCAUGUAGUGAAAAUGGUGAUAGUAAUAUAACUGAAGCUUGCGAAUCUAAGACUGGAUUUAUUGAUGGUACCAAAGCAUCUGUUGAACCAUUCUGCAAACCACAAGUUACAGAUACUGGUCAGCUUGUUAAACCAGAAAAUGAAGUUAAAGAAGAAAAAGAAGCAACUUUGUCAAUGGAAAUUCCUUCUGGGUGUGCAGUUAAAAUAGAAACCUCUUGCAGUGAGUGUUCAAAAGAACAUGAUGUAACAGGUUGUGAUAAUCGUAAGAAUGAAAAGAAAUCUGAGUCCUUAUUAACUGAAAAGAAAAGUUCUAAUAGAGAAAGAGAAGAAAAAGAAGAGACAAAUAAUAAAAGUGUAAUUUUAAAUUUGCCUGCAAAUGAUGAAAGAACUCAAAUUAAAAGUGAAGUAUCUGAACAAUGUACUUCAGUAGAAUUGAAGAAUGAAUCCAUAAAUAAUGAUGAAAAAAGUAAGAAUGUAGUUGAAACUCAGUUACAAGAAAAAUUAACUCCUAAAGAAAGAGAUAGGUUUUCUUUAGAAGUAGACACAGAAAAAGAACAUUCUUUAAAAAGUAACAUUCCACAACUUUCUGCUGAAAAAAUACUUGAUAACCAAUCACAACAAAAUAAUGAAAAUAAAACAUCAGUUAUCUCUAUGAUAUCUGGAAAUGUUCUCAGGGAAUCAAAAACUUUGCAUCCAACAAUUUGGAAAGAAAAUCAGUAUUUAGAUUCUGAAGCUUAUAAUAAAUCAAUAAUUUCAACACCCAAAGAUCUUAGUAAUAAAGUUUUUUCUUUACAAAGUAGUAAUUCAGAAUUAAAUUUUUCUAAUGUAAGUAAUUCAACAAUUUUAAGUCAGACUAAUCAAGAAUUAAGACAGGUUUAUCCUGAAAUUAAGGACUACAGAGGAUGUGAGAAUAUUCGAAAUAAAAGUGGAAAUGAUGAUAAACAUGAAUAUGAAAGGCCACUAAUUAAAACAACUAGCUUCCACCCAUUUCCUAAAAAGGAAAUGGUAGCUAAGUUUGAAGGCAGAAUAUUGUCUGAUCAUUCUUUGAGUCAUCAUCCAAUAAAUUUAACAUCAGAAAAAAUGAAGUCAGAUGAAAAGAUGAUUGCUGAAAAUUCUUCCAAUUCUACAUAUGAAAUUUCUGCAAAAGAAAAAUUUUUACAAAUUGAUUCUAAUAAAAAUUUGUCAAACAGAUAUAUUGAAGACAAUGAAAGUCAGUGUGCUGUAGAUUUAAGUAUUGGUUCUCGUAAAACAGAUUCUGAAGUUCAGAAAAUGAAAUCUAAUUCUCUGAAGUGUGAUAAGUCAGUAUUUCAGUUGACACACAUAAGAGAUGAUCAGUCUGGUGAAAGUAGUGAAUCAAGUAUUCCAAUUUUAGUGAAUGAAACAAUAAAUAAAUUGCCACCAUCUUUUUCAAUAGAUAAUGAUAGACCUCCUCUUUUAAAAGAAAUUCAUAGCAGAUUAGAUGAUCAUAAUAAAUUAAUUCCUGAAGGUAAAAAAUCAAGGAGAAGUAGUGCAUCAGAAACAUUAUGCAAUGUGACUCACACUGUUAUUGGAAAUAGAAAAUCUCCUAUAAUGAGAAUGGAUGAAGUAAGUAGUGGUAGAUUGAUUUCUGAAUUUAAUACAGAAAGUGACAAUAAAGUUGAAAAUAAAUGUGAUCGAACACAUUUAAGUGAUAAAAAGAGAGAGCAUAAUGAAAGCAAAGAAGUUUCUGAAGUGCAUGGAUUAGUUACAUCACAAAGUAAGUUACCAUUGGAAUCAAAUAAACCAACACCAGAACAGAGUAGAAUUAGUGUUAUUCAAAAGUUGUAUGAUAAUUCUCAACACAUUUCUUUAAAAGGAGAAGGUUUUCCAUCCUCUAUUGAUCAGCAGAUGUCUGAAACAGAUAAACUAGAAACACAAAGAAAUGAAAUUUCAAAUAGAGAAGCUGUUGUUAAUAAGGAAUCUAUAGGUGAAAAUCAGUUGCAAGAAGUAAUUAAUAAAAAAGAGAAAUUAGAAAAGCAGUCUUUACAUAAAUCUUCUGGAAUGUCAAAGCAUGAAAAAAUGUCAAUUUCAGAUAAUAGUUCAGAAAUGAAUAAGUCAAAAGAAAAUGAAAUUUGUAAAACUGUUCUUCAAAAAAGCAGUGAUUUGAGUGAAAAAUUAUCCCCUGUUGAAUCUAUUGUUCAUUCCAAACUUGAAUGUGAAGAAAUCAAAAGCAAAAAAGAUAUCAUUGAAUCAUCAUCGAUUUCUGUACAAAGUUCAAAGCAUGUAAAACCUUCAUCAUUACUAACAAAAGUUGAUGUGUGUAUAACAGGCAAAGAUAGUAAAGAAGAUAACACUGAAAGAAAUUUAGACUCAGUAGAGAAAUAUAAAAAGAAGAGUAGUAAUGAAACAAAGGCGGAAUCACUAGAAAAAGUUAAUAAAAAAGACAAUGAAAUAAACUCAGAAUCGUUUGAAAAAUGUAGAAAGCCAAUUAUGAAAGAUACAGAUUUAAAAUCACUUCAGAAUUCAACUGAUAAAAGUAGUACAGAGAUAGGUGUGAGAUUAGAAGAGAGCUCUGAUAAAAUAAAAACUAUAGAAAAUACAGAAUUGGUUGAAAAAACAAAUAACAAAUAUAUUUCAGAAGUAUAUAGUGGUUCACAUGAGAAAGAUAGCAAAGAAAAUGCUGCAGAGAAAGAUUCUGGUUCAUUAGAGAAAUGUACAAAGAAAAAUUUUACAGAAACUAACUUAAAUACAGAACUCCCUAAAAAGACUAACAAAAAAGACAUAAAAACAAAUGUAGAAUUGCUAGAAAAAAGUAACAGAAAAAGUAAUUCAGAAUUGAUAGAGAAAUGUGAUAAAAAAGAUGUAUCAGAAACUAAUACAGAAAUUAUUUCAGAUUCUCUAGAAAUACUUAAUAAUAAAGAUUUUUCAGCAAAAUCAGUACAACAUAAUGAAAAAGAAAAAACUAGUAUGAAAUUAUUAGAUAAAUGCAGUGAUAAAGAUAAUACAGGAACAAAGGCAGAAUCUUUAGAGAAUUAUAAAACAAAUAACAAUGUAGAAAUGAACAAAGAAUUGUCAGAAAAGUGCAACAAAAAAAGUAAUAAAGAAGCUAAUGCAGAAUUUUCUGAUAAACAGAGUAAAAAAGAUGAUGUAGAAAUUAAUGAAGAAUUAUUAGAAAAAAGCAACAAAACUGAUACAACUACGGAACCACUUGAGAAGUGUAACAAAAAACAUAAUUUAGAUUCAAAUACAGAAUUAUUAGGGAAAUCUAAUAAAAAGAAUAAGAUGGAAAAGUCUGAUGAAAAAAAUUUAAGAACUUUAGAAAAUAAAGAGGGAAAUAAAGAGCAGUCUAUUCAAAAUGAAUUAACCACUGCUACAGCAGCUUGUAAAGAAACGAAGGUAGAUACUACUAAAUCUGUUCGAUCUAAAACAUCAAAAGAAAAAAGGAAUUCUCUAAGUAACUUAAGUAGUGAAGCUACAGUUACAUCAACAAGUGCUUCUAAAGACCUAAAAUUGAUUGAGAAGGAAUUAAAAGAAAAACAUUCUGAUAGAAGUAUUACUUUAACAGAAGAAAAACAAGGUAAUGAGAAAAAUAAAAAUUUAAAAAAUGAUAAAUUUGAUGAAUGUAAUGAUUCUGUAAAUGAUAAAAUUUCAAGUCCAAAAGAUAAAAAUCUUAAUAAAGAAAAUGAUAAAUGUAAAUCAUCUGAUGAUUUAAAUCAAAACUGUGAUGUUACAACAGAAAAAGAAAUUAUUAAAACUAAUGAUGAAUCUGUUGAACAGUCAACAGAAGAAAAAUCUUUGGAUAUUUCUGGUGAUGUAGAAAAUAAAAAACAGUCUAAAUCAGAAGACCAAGUAAUAGACGAUGAUAAAGAAAAUGAUAGUCAAAUGCAGGAUGACGACGAUAAAACAAAUGAUUCUAAAACAGAGCAAUCAAAAUCGGGUAAAGGAAAAAGAAAACGAGGACAAGGUGUUGUAUUUUCUGAUAAUUCUGAAGCAACAGAACAAUCUCAAGAUAGUCAGGCUGAUUUUAUUAUUUCAGAAGGAUUCUUAGAAAUAUUAGAUGGAUCAAAAUCCAGGGGUAGGGGUAGGGGGAGAGGGAGGGGUAGAGGUAGAAAUCGUGGAAGAGGAAGAAAUAAUAAUUCGGCAAAAGGAACUGAAAAAGUUGCAGAAGAAAGUGUUCCUCCAGUUCCAGUUAAAAGAAGUAAACGAAUUCAAGAGCAAUAUCAGAAAAAAAUGACAGAAUUAGCAGAACAGAUGAAAAAAGAACAAAGACAAUUAGAAGCAAUGGCUAAAGAAAAGGCUGCUUUGAUGGCAAUAGAAAAACAAAAACAGCAGCAGAAACAGAAUGGUGUGGUGAAAAGGCAACGUGGUCGACCUAGGAAGCAUCACUGUAAAAAUCUUGAUGAUGAUGAUGAUGAAGAUGAUGACGAUGAUGACACAGCUUCUCAAGAUUAUGAAAGGGAGAAGAAGAAGAAGAAAAAGAAGCACCGUGGGAAAAAGAAAUCUAGUCAUAAUCCUUGGGAUGUAUCUGAAGAAUCAACAUCUAGCAGUGAAGAAGAAAUUAUUGAGGAAGAAGAAGAAGAAGAGGAAGAAGAUGAUGAAAUUUUAAAAUUUGAUGAAAAUGAAGAUGAAUUUGCUUGUGAAGAAAUUGAUGAAGAUGCAGAACCCGUAAUUGUACGAAGAGCGCGUACUGUUAAAAAAGGUAAAUGUGAUAAUAAAAUAUUAUUGUGUGAUAAAUGUGAUUCAGGUUUCCAUACUGCUUGCCUAAAUCCUCCUUUAAUGAUUAUUCCUGAUGGUGAUUGGUAUUGUCCUCCAUGUGAACAUGAAAAGAAAGAGAAAUAUCUUGAUGAAGAAGAUGAACUUUUAGAAGAUUUUUCUGAAGAGGAUGAAAAAUUAUAUUCUAAAAGAUCAUCUCGCAGUAGAAAAUGUGUGAAUUAUCAAUUUAAAGAAUUUGAUGAAUUAAUUGCUUCUGCAAUUCAAGAUGAAGUUGUUUCAGAAAGAGGUGCUGGUGCUGGAAAGGGCAAAGAUAUGUCUAACAUCACUCAAGCAGAAGAAGAAGAAGAUGAUAUUCCAAUAGUUAGAAAAAAGAGGAAAAAACAUCAUAGACGAUUAAAUGAUCUAAAUACAACAACAGAAGAAGAAGAUACAGAUGAUGAUUAUAAAGGUAGCAGUCCAUCAGAAACUGAAGUUUCUGCAAUUAGUGAAGAUUAUUUGGAAGAGAGUGAUGAUUCUACAACCAGAAGAACUCGUAAAAGUAUAUUUUCUCGUUCUGACAAGCAAAGACGAGGAAGAGCAAAAUGUGAUGAUUCAGAUGAAGAUUGGGAGAGUGAAUUAAGUGAAGAAUAUCGCCAUUCAACAAGACGAGCAGCUCAGAAAAAGAUUAAUUAUAAGGAAGUUUCUUCUGAUGAAGAAGAAGGAAAUUGGGGAAGUGGGAAAAGGUGGCCUCCUAAACAGGGAAAGCGUCAAUGGAAGUCAGAUUCAGAAAGUUACCAUGAAGAUGAGGAUGAAAUGGAUGCCUGGAAGAAAAAGAAAACUUUUAGAAAGAAACUAGAGACAUCAGAUAGUUCUGAAUUUGAAAGCGAAGAAAGUAGUUAUGAGAGUGCUGAUACAGAAAAUGAUAAGAGGAAAAAGGAAAAAUAUAAUAGAAUCAUUAGAGCUGAAGACGCUGAAGAAAGACCAAGGAAGACAGCAGAAAGAAGUGAAAGAAAUUCUUCUAAAAUUCAUCCUAGAAGAAUGAAAACCACUAAAUCUAUUCUUGAAUCUGACAGUGAUGAGAAACCACCUAAACGAAAGAAAUUUAAAAUAAGUGAUGAUGAAGAUGAAGAUGAAAGUGAUGAUGAUGAUGACGAUGAUGAUAGUGACAGUGAUAGUGCUAAUGAAGAGGAUGAUGAGGAGGAAGAAACUGAAGAUGAAGAACAAGGAAAAUCACAUGCAAAAAAACAAUCUAUGCUUCAUCCAAAUACAGAAGAAGAAAAUGUGAACACAAAUGCAUCGUUAGAUGCAUCAAAAUUACAUAAUUCAGAUAAUAAUUUUAAAUCUUCAAAGCCUUCCUUAGAAUCUGUAAAUGAUAAUUCAGUGUCUCCUAAAGAAGCCUCUUUUCAUCAGCGAUCAGUUAUAACUUCUGUUGGUAUGGUAAAAGAAGAUUCUUUGACACCAAAAAUUCAAGAAUUACCCAAUAAUCAGAGACGUGAAAUGUAUAUGCAUGGUGAGGAAAAACUUCCCUAUCCAUCAGGUUCACAACCAAGAAGUGAGGAGAAUUUGCCUGCAGCCAAAGAUAUUCAGACUGUAGAGCAGGAGCAAAUACUUCCUAAUGCAGAUCGUCCAGAAGAAAGAGAGUUUAGGCAAGCAUCUGAUAACCACAGGCCUCCAGGUUUUCGUUAUCAACAAAAUCCAGAAAAUAGAACUUAUGGUGAUCCUUACACGGAAUGCAUAACUCCAUUAGAGGAAUAUUCUUCUCGGCCCAGCCCAUUAAAACCAUCUCUUGUAGAAACUUAUCCACAUUCAUCCAGUCCAUCAAAAUUAACACCACUAGAUUCAUAUUCACAGUCAUCGAGUCCCUCGGGUCUGAUGCCUUUAGAUCUGUAUACACGUUCACGAUCAUUUGAAAAGCAAGCUACUUAUCCUCAACAGCCCACACCACCUCACUCACAGCCCAUGGGACAUUCACCAGUUUCUAAUUCAAAUAGAGAGUAUGGUCCUGGAUAUAUUCCUGGAGAACGUUAUCGACCCCAAGGAUCAGUAUCCUAUGGCCAAGGACCAUACCAUCCACAGAAUUAUAGCAGGACAUCACACCAUUCACCGCCACCUUCCUCUAGUCCAUAUCCUCCCCAACAAGGAUCACCUUCAGUAACUGGUCAACCAAGUCCUGCUUCACAGGGAAUGUAUCGUACAUUUAUUGGCCCUUAUCCAUCUCAUUCCCCAGAUUAUUAUAAUAAUCAAGGUUAUUAUUCGCCUCAUGGUGAGCACAGUGGUCCUCCUCCUGCUUAUCCUCCAAAUUAUCCUAUUCCUCCACAACAGGGUGCACCAUACCCUUACUAUAAUCAUCCCGGGCAACAGUCAAAUGGUGGUUUCAUGAUUGACAGUAUACUAAGGUCCCGAAAUCCAGAAACUGAGGAUGACGACCUAACGGGAGUAACGGAUAUUGUUUCUUACAUUACUCAGGAGUGAUUUAUAGGCAGUUAUUACUUGAUCAGCACAAACCAUUCUUAAAAAUAAAGAGCCUUAUUAUGGUGAUGCUUCCUACACUUCAUCUCCAGCAGCACGCUGGAUGGCUGCAUUGUUGCAUCCAUGCUUUUGUGAUGAUAGCAUUUGAACGAAGAGGGACAUUUAAACAAUGCAUGUGUUUUAUAUAAUCAUCAUCAUUUUUGUGCUUCGACGACCACUUCUGCCAUCCCCAAUUUUGCUCUUAAUAUAUUUCCACAGGAUUGUGUGCUUUGUACAGAAAAAAACCUGCAAAAUAUAUGUCGGUGCUAAUUGUGAAUAAUGGUGUGUAAUUUUUAUGUUGCCUUAUGUAGAUGCACUAAAUAAUUUAUGGACAAAGUUUUUUGCAUCUAUGUAAUGUGUCAUAUAAAACUUGCAUCUGUGACUGUCUGUAUCCAUAUGAGUUGAUAAAACAAACAGAAAAUAUACCAUGCAUGCAUCUUGCUGGUGCCUACGAUUCCCUCUCGACAGCACAUGUUAAACGAUGUUAAUUGAGAAAUGAGUUGUAAAAAGUGAUAAUUCAGAAGCCCUGGAGGGGUUUUCUAUUCUAUAAUAGAUGUACAGAUAUAAUAGUUGAUCAAACACAAAUCAUGACUAUUCAAGAGUUAUAUAAUUAAGAAGGCAAGAUUGAGAGUUGCAAGGAUCAGGCAACAGAGCAAUGUAACAGAAAAAAAUGUAAAAAUUGUAUAUUUUGUUAAACUUCCUUGCGUCUGACUGAAUAGUUAUUGUUGGGAUUUUAGUAUAACUAUUUUAUACUUUGGUGUGUCAAGUGAUGUGAUCAAAAUUUCUAGCAUUGAUGAAUUUUAAAUAUAGAUAUAUAGAAACUACAUGUCAACUAAUUUAGGUGGAUAUGUAUUAUUAUUAUUAUUAUAA